AUCAAUCGACCAUUCACUGCAUCCUGGCGCUGUAGCAGGUCGGUCGCUCAAAUCUUCUUCCUGCUACCACCGUUGUCCGGUACACGGUUUCUCCCCAGGUCGACCUGCAUGGCUGUUAUUGCUCUUCUCCGAGUCGACCUCCGAGAGUAAUGCCGAUCCACUCGUGCGCAUACACAGAGCUUCACGUCAGCUCGCCCUGAAUUGAGUGAUUCUAUGGGAAGUCCCGCAGGUGGGGAGAAGGAAUUCUAUAAUACGCACCGGGGCGUAGACGGUGGAUAUACGAACAGACUCGAGAAGGAGAGGAUGCGCAGUUGCAACUCGGAGAGACUUCGCUGAAUCAAAGAUAUGAAAAUGGACCGUCCCCCGUCAGUUCCUGGCUUGGAGGAACCCAUCAGUUUGGCUGCUCGAAAUGGCCAGACGUUAGACCAUGUGCGCCGGCGAAGUUCGGACAAGUCUAUCGAGGAUCUCUCGUCAUCGGCGCCAACGGAGGCAGAUCUGAAGCAGACUGUCACAAAGCCACCGAAUGCGAAACUCCCCUUGCCAAACGAUUUCACAGAUGGCCCAACCUCUCUUCGACACCCAUUUCCCCAUCUAUACCAUUCCUCCAGUACCUCGAGGUCACCCUCGACCCGCACUUCUUCGAGCUCCCUUCAAGCAUUGAACGAAGACAUUGUCGUCGAUGCUCGGUCGGAUCAUAGCGCUCUUGGCCGGAGCUCCAUCUCCUCUCGGAGAAUCUCCCAUCUGGGCCACUCCGAGACUCACGCUGCAGACUACCCCGUCUAUCCGGACCAGUCUUACGCCGUCCUCCAGUCUCAGAUCCACCCCACCUACCAACCUCCAUUCCUUCGCUCCCGCAGUUCUUACCCGUCACGGACCGAGGCGGCCAAGUUUGCGCCGUCGCGUCCUUCACGUACGGCGGGAAAUACUCCCCUGUCCAGCCCGGGCCUGUUUUCUAUCAGAAGUCCUCGCUCGACGCCCCCAUUUGGAUCUGACGAUGAGGGCCGCAUUAGUAGUCCUUAUCUUCACCCGACGCACCUCCAGCCCCCUAAAGAGACUCAUACCGCUGAGGUGGAUCGAGAUCUUGUGACAGGAAACAAGCUAAUCAACCAGUAUGAGAUCCUCGAGGAGCUCGGGCGCGGUGAACACGGGAAGGUGAAGCUCGGCCGCCAUGUUACGACCCGGCAAAAGGUUGCGAUCAAGAUCGUUCAGCGGUACUCUAAGCGUCGUCGUCUCGGAAAACUUGGGAAUCCCGAGGAUAAGGUUAAGAAGGAAGUCGCCAUUUUGAAGAAGGCACGGCACCCCAACGUGGUCAGUCUGCUGGAGGUCAUCGAUGAUCCAAAUCGCCAAAAGGUCUACAUAGUCCUCGAGUAUGUCGAGAAUGGAGAAAUCAUCUGGCGCAAGAGAGGGCUGCGGGAGAUCGUGCACGUCGAUAAGCGCCGGCUGGAGCGUGAAAAGAUGGGCAUUCCCGACACACCCUCGUUCCUGGAGGAAAGCCAACAGUAUGUGAGGACUGCUCAGCAUCUCCGUCGCCAGCGCGAGAAGGCACGUGAACGACGCCAAGCGCAGGCAGCGUUUGCACAAGAAGCUCCGAUUCCUGCCUGGAGUCUGGAGCAUGGUGCAGAGUCAGAUGACGAGGACGUCGAACCCGAAGGCAUCGUUGCGCGCAUCCCUAGUCGCUCCAUGAGGAGUAACGAUGAUGCCUACUCCUCUCCAAGCCAUUCCUAUGCGUCAGGCCACGAAUCCGCACUGGCUGCCGUGGAAGGUAGCAUGUAUGGUGCCUAUGCAGAUUACCCGUUCGAAAGACGGUUCAGUACCGCGUCAAGCAGCUUUGGCCAUCCUCCUUCCGAACCAGAAUGGCUCAAUGAUGACGACGAUAUGUCUUAUGUGCCUUGCUUGACUUUCAACGAAGCGCGUAACGCCUUUCGAGACUCGUUGCUCGGCCUUGAAUAUCUUCAUUACCAGGGCAUCAUCCAUCGUGACAUCAAACCUGCGAACCUUCUGCUCACCAGCAACUAUCGGGUGAAGAUCUCGGAUUUUGGUGUGUCGUACUUGGGGCGACCCAUCAGAGAUGAGGAAGAAGAGCAGGUGGAGGAGACGGAUGCUACCGAGCUGGAUGAUGCUCGCGAGCUGUCCAAAACGGUCGGGACGCCAGCCUUCUAUGCCCCUGAGUUGUGCUAUACGGGCGAGGAUUUUGUGGAUUCCCUUGGCGCAGCCCCUCGGAUCACCGGCGCUAUUGAUGUUUGGUCUCUUGGUGUAACCCUCUAUGGUAUGAUCUUCGGGCGCCUACCAUUCGUGUCCGACGACGAAUACAGCAUGUUCCAGACGAUUGUGAAAAAGGAAGUCUUCAUCCCGCGAAAGCGAUUACAGCCCGUGGAAGACGACCCCGAAACCGCAAGUCAAUGGCCUCGCUAUGGCGACAGCAGCAAGCGGAUGGAAGAUGAGCUGGUAUAUGAGGACAUCGACGACGAACUAUAUGAUCUGCUCAAGCGGCUGUUGACAAAGGACCCGGUGAAACGUAUCACCGUGAAGGAGAUCAAGCACCAUCCUUGGGUUCUGCAUGGCCUUCCUAACCCUAGAGCGUGGGUGGAAGAGACCGACCCGGGCUAUCAGAGCAAGGGGAAGCGGAUUGAGGUAUCUACGGAAGAGGUGACCACCGCCGUCAGCAAAGUACCGUUCAUCCAGCGCGUGAGAUCCAAUGUUGCCAAGUGGUCCAACUACCUGACCGGAAGGUCUAAAGAAAAGGAUGGUCGCAAACGGACUCCCAGCAAUGCUCCGUCAGUUGACUCAUCAUCAACUACGAGCAGCACUGCUUUCGGGAAGUAUCUAUGGGAGAACCGGCGGCAUAGCCUUCGAGGGGAUGAGGAGUUUCCGCGUUCCCUCCGAUUGCCUAGGGAGGGGGAGCACCCUCUUUCGCAGAGUGUUACUGCAAGUCCCGUGGGCCAUGAUGAUCAGACCAGUUACUUCGUCCAGCCUGAGUCCGUCCCAUCGCACGACCAGACCCCGCGCCCCGACCCCCCGGAACGUGCAACGUCCACGUUGUCCACUGCCGAAUCCGCAAGGACCGUGAAGCCAUCCGAUCACAAGAAACUACCAGCACCGCAGCGUUCUGGUACCACUGUCCGUGUGGAAACGCCUGGGACUACGAACGUCGGUGGCCUUUUUGGCGGCGCGAGCCGCCGGCUUGCGCGGGGCCUUCAGCCUGGGGAAUGGCGCUCCGACCGGUCUAUCUCUGGUGAGACCGUAUCUCUGGAUGGUGACCAUCACUCCGAGCCCAGUUUGGCCUUGAGUGUCGCGUCCGCUGUGGGCCAAAUGCAGCAUUGCAACUUGCUUUCGAACGAGGAACCGUUAUUGACUCCUCCGGACAGCUCCCUCUCAGGAGCUUCGAGCCAUCGGCGAAACCGGUCACACCAGCUUCCAGGCAAGCAUUCCACCGAGCAAUUUCAUCUUACCAAGGAGGCAUUGCUACGGAAGAGGCGGAGCGAGAUUGGGCCGAUUGUUAAUGGAGAUUAUAUCUCCCGAGGAGAGAACGAGGCGUGUCAUGGUGACUUUUUGAGUCCGCGGGUUGAGAUUCACCCGCAAGCCUCGGACUCACCGAAUGACCACUCGGCCAGUGAUCCUGUUGCGAGCGGACUGACGACGUCACCUCCGUCAGCUGCUACUAUCUCUUCGUCUUCGAUUGACGAAUAUACCAGCGGCAUGUCCCAGAGCACCUCUCACCCCAGUAUUCCGUCCGUGGUCUCAGGCGCCUCCUCUUUCUCUGGCGAGGCAGGAUUCAAGGACAAGGAUGCCGAAGCAGCGGGUCAGGUUCCUUCCAUCCUUCGUACUGGCGAAACCGUCAAGGAGCGGCGUCUCAGUCCCUCGCGCCCGGCAGAAGAUGACGAAUGUCGCUACUAUUGCGAUGACGAAGAUGAUUCCGAGGACGACUCUGAAGACGAAGGCCUUGUUAUCGGCAAAAAGAGGGCAACCCCUCAGAAGCCAAUAAUUCGUCCGGGACAGUCGAAGUCAUGAUCCAACGUACGCUUGCCGUGUCUGGGUGCCUCUCGUAGCCAUGCAGGCAGGGGACAUCAAAAGUUUCCUUCACCGUUACAUGAUGUUGCGUUUGUUUCUCUUACCUAU